GCUUUGCCGAUUGUUAUGACAUCGUCGCUCUGAUCGCUUGUUUGUUUUGAAACAACUCUGGAACACCGCCAAGUGUCAGUCAGGGAGUGAAGAAAAUUUUCGGACCAAUUUCGCCAAUUAUAUUUUACCUUGCUGGAUCCGGCUGCUUUGCGGGCUGUAGCACUAAAGCUGUAGAGCACACCGGAAGUAAUCCGUACCUGUCCAACCCCACGUACAAAGAUGUCUUCGUACCGGACCGAUGAGGUGGCGCUCAGCUAUCACGAAUCGUGCCUCCGCCUGUCCGAUGUGGACCUGCUGAAAGGCCCGUACUGGCUGAACGAUCAGAUCAUUUCCUUCUACUUCGAGUACCUGGAGAAGCAAAUAUUUGAAAACGAGCACGACCUGCUGUUCGUCAGCCCGGAAGUGACCCAGUGCAUCCGGAUGGUGGCGCAGGACGAGGUGGGCAUUUUUCUGGAACCGUUGCGCGCCCAACAGCGAGCGUUUGUGUUUUUCGCCCUGAACGACAACCAGGCCGCGGAUCGGGCCGGUGGCUCCCACUGGAGUCUGUUGGUGUUUUCGCGGCCCGAGAAAGCGUUCUACCAUUUCGACUCUUCCCGCAAUGCCAACUCGGAGUACGCUCGCCAGCUGGUGACGGUGCUGAAGCGAGCCCUCUGCUGUCCGGAUGCACAGCUGCGCACCGGCGACUGUUUGCAACAGAGCAAUGGGUACGACUGCGGUGUGCAUGUGCUGUGUACGGUCGAUGUGGUGGCACAGCAGAUACGAAAAAGCGGCAAAAUCGAGGGCGUCCGUAGUGCCCGGUACGAUGUGAUACGCUCCAAGCGGGAGGAACUGUUGGGAAUUAUUGUAACGUUAGGGGGGCGGAUUAAGUAGCGGUUAGUGAGGCAGACAAAUCGUCUCGUGGACGCGGCUCUCAUUCAAAUUUCGGUGCAAACGAUUGCAUUACACAGUUAAAGGUAUCUUCCAAGUGAGAUUGUUAGUCGGAAAAAUGGUCUUAAACCCGGUUUAUUAUCUCAAUGAAGGGUGAACAAAUAGGAAAAAUCGAGUUUUUAAUGGCACAUUUGAGUUUUUUUCUCUGUAGGAUCAUUUGAUAUGAUCAUUUUAACGAUGAUUAUGCUUUAUUUAAGUGAAUAACCCGAAAUGGCACGAAUUUCGUUCUUUGAAGUGGUUUCAAGUGUUGCAAAAAUACUAUUUAUUUCAACCAAUCGUUUUUACUAGAGCACAAAUAGGAUUCUAACACGAAUAAAUUAAAAAAAAACUAGUCCAUGGCGAGUGUGUGCUUUUGUAUUCAUAAAAUGAUUAAAGGUGAACUUUAAGCAUUCGCACAAACAAA